AUGGAUUACAUUAAAGUUAUAGUGCUGUCAAAUCCUUUUGGUACAAGUGGUGCUAGAUGUGAGACUAACGUGAAUGACUGUCGACCAGGCGUGUGUGGAGAACAUGGUCUCUGUGUCGACCAGCUCAAUGGAUUCAACUGUACCUGCCUUUCAUCCUUCAGUGGAGACCGGUGUGAGACCAGGAUUCAGAGUGUGUGUGAAAGGUCCCCGUGUUCCAAUGGUGGAGUUUGUACAGACAUCAACCAGUACUGGAGGAAAUGUGAUUGUCCUGUUGGGUUUUUUGGCUCUUCCUGUGGGAAUCAAAUAGAUAUGUGCAAGUCGUCUCCCUGUCAGAAUGGAGCCUCGUGUAUUAAUGUGGCUGGAGGGUUUGACUGUGUCUGUAACGAUGGUUUCACUGGUGACACCUGUGAGUCCCCACUCAGAACGUGUGCUGCGACAGGCUGCGGAAACUCUGUCAACUGUGUCAACGAUCCCAUCACAGGCUUACCAAGAUGUCUGUGUAACCAUGGUUACAGUCUUGGCUUGUACUGCCAAUACAAAGUCCAGACACAAACUACAGUUAACUCCCAGACUGCUACCAUUCUGAACAAUGUAGCAGAGACGGACUGUAUGCGACGGGUGGAGUCUGGAGCUGUGGACAGUUAUGUUGGUUUUGUGUACAAUAUCACAGCUAGAUCGUGUUCACUGUUAACCAGUGACCAGAGUCUGCAGUCCACACAAGCGGACAACUGUUGUCGAGUUUACACCAAACUGUGUUCGCACCAAGUCGAUGAUUUUUGGACACCAUGGUACAACACCAACAGACCUACUGUGGCUGGACAUGAUGUAGAAACAAGAAGUAGUCUGUUAACUAUUGGGAUUGAAGUAUGUAAAAGGACUCUUCCCCUGAGUGCUGAGUGUCGAAUACAGGGUGAUGUUUCAGCUUCGUUUGACAAGCGUGUGUGUAGUCUGGAUGGGCUGAAUUGUACUGCUGGAGUUCACACCGCAAAUUUCGCACCAUGCCCAGAUUUUGAAGUCCGCUUUCAGUGUUCUGUAACCAGAGUCUUCCAGAAUAAAAAGUGUACUAUGCUCGCCACGUGUGCUGAACAGGGUAAUCCAUGUGAGAAUGGAGGAAGUUGUGAAGACGUUGUUGGUGGAUUCCGUUGCAGCUGUCUCCCGGGCUAUACCGGCCAGCGUUGUCAACAUAGUGUUGAUGACUGCGCUGGACAGCCAUGUCACAAUGGUAACCUGUGUGAGGAGAAUGUUGAUGACUGUAAUCCCAAGCCAUGCGAUGUUGCUGGUUCUGUCCGGUGUAUUGACGGAGCCAACAGCUAUACCUGUGACUGUAAAACUGGAUACACCGGCAAAAACUGUUCUUCUGUGAUCAAUGAGUGUGAGAGUGAGCCGUGUCUUCAUGGUGGAACAUGUCUUGAUAAUCUCGGUGGUUUCAUGUGCGACUGUAUUCCUGGGUGGACGGGUCAGCACUGUGACAUCCUCGUCAACAGGUGUACACAGAACUCGUGUCCAAACGGAGCUGAGUGUGUUCCACUAUUCAAUGAUUUUACUUGCACGUGCAACUCUUACUCAUUCGGUCCAGUGUGUGAGAGGAUUCCCAGCCUGUGUCAGGUGGCUAACCCAUGUGUCAAACCAACUGUCUGCUACAUCGUCAACAGCACAGAUGCUGCAUGUACCUGCCCUGCAGACAAAGCAGGUGAUGGAUGCCAUUUAUUUAUUGAUAAUUCUUGUACCAACUCUCUCUGUCAAAAUGGCGGCACGUGUAAGCGAACGGCAGAUGCUGAUGUUCUGUGUUCCUGUUCCACAGGAUUCACAGGUAGAAGAUGUGAAACGAGAAUUAAAUAUUGUCAGAACGUUGUGUGUCCAGGCAACUCUACGUGUUUUGAGGGGGUUGACAGACACUUUUGUCGAUGUCCUCUAGGGAAGGCAACACCUGACUGUACUGACGAUAUUGACAUAGACUAUGACAUCUGCUUCAAGUCAUCAGUGAACGGAGGAAGUGCAUAUCUGCCGUAUGCCAUACCCGCCACCUGGACAGAUGGGCUCAGUGUCUCCAUGUGGUUCAAGUUUUCCACUGCGGGAUCAGUGGGGACCUUCCUCAGUCUCUAUGAAACACGAAGUCCUGGUUUUCUGUCCUCUCUGAAGAAGCUAUUCUAUGUCAAUGAAAAGGGACUGUAUGCCUACUUCAGUGACACGGAAGAGUUUCUCCCGUUCCUUGAUAACUCCACCAAGUCGAGCGAUGGGAUGUGGCACAAUCUGGCUGUGUCUUGGCAGAGAAAUACCGGAACUCUUAGUCUUAUUCUUGAUAACGUUGUACAGAAGCAACUAGUUAACUAUGCUCCUGGCAGAAUACUUUCUAAAGAAAUUUGGCUUUCUCUUGGCUCACAUUCUCUACCGUCUGAACCCCGGUCCAGUUUGUUUGUUGGUUGUAUAUCUCAAGUAAAUGUCUACAGUCGAUUUGUAGACUUUCUGCUGGAAGACCGCGGUCUUGUAAACAACCCCAAAACUGUAUUCAGCAACAGUAUCGUGUUGCGAUGGUCUGAACAUUUGACUGCUGGUAACACCCAGAUUGUGCGACCAUCCAGUGCACGUCGCAAUUCAUGUCCUUCAGGAUUUAGUGAUCCACCUGGCUGUACAACAGUUGUCAGAGAGACGACUGCUUUAAGGGUGAAAUCGUGCCCCAGUAACAUGUUCAAGGAAAGUCUGACCCCAAAGACAUUUGUCACCUGGACAGAGCCUCAGUUUGAUGGAGCAGUGAUAGUGAAAUCUAACUACAAAUCAGGUGCAGUCAUGUCCCAGGGCCAUCAUGUUGUGGUGUACGAGGCUAAAGAUGAGAGUGGAAAUGCUGUCACUUGUACCUUCACUGUUUAUAUUACAGCUGACUUCUGCCCUGACUUGGAUGACCCUAGAGGGGGAGGAAACGAGACGUGUUUCAAAGAACAAGGAGAUGUGCCAUUUACUGUGUGUACCGUGGGUUGUCGCGGUAACACGUCAGUGCUGGUUGACCCAACACCACAGUACUUCACUUGUGGGCCGUCUGGUGCCUGGAACUCUCUAUCACAGACCGACGGACUGUAUCCACCCUGUGGAAGAGUGGUUGGUCGGGCGAGGGCCGAUGUGGACGUCUCUGUCUCGUACUUUACGACAGGAGUCAGCUGUGGUGAUCUGGAGUUUGUGAUGAAGCAGCGAGUGCCGCGAAGUCUGAGCAACUUGGAUAUGUGUCAGACCGACAACUGUAGCAAUGUCACUAUUCAAGUUGACUGCAGCAAGCCACCCAGUAUCAGUCUGGCAGUUCACAUCAACAACGCUUCAUCAGAAAUCCAGAGUGGUGCUAACAUACUCCCAGUUGAAAAGAUUUUAAUUAAAGCAGUUCUUGAUGAAAAUAUUUUCACAUACCAGCUGACCAACACGGAAACAAAACCUGAUCCGAACUCAUUGGAUAUUCAUGUGGUACUGAGGUGUGACACUGGCCAGGUUGUCGUGAAAAAACUCUGUGUGCAGUGCGGUCCGGGAACUUUCUUCAACAGUGCGACCAAACACUGUGAUAACUGUCCAGAAGGAAGAUUCCAAGCAAACUUAGGAGCUCUUAACUGCGAGGCUUGCCCACUGGGGAAGACAACUGACAGUGUUGGUGCCAUCUCUGCAGAUUCAUGUUAUGCGAUCUGUCCUGCUGGUAAAUUCUUCAACACUACAAGUAACCAGUGUGAAUCGUGUCCUGUUGGGUUUUAUCAGAAUGUGUCGGGAUCAUUUUCGUGUAAACCCUGUCCUCUCGGCACAGUUAAUUUCCAACCAGCAGCAGCAACAGUCAGUCUUUGUGUUGAUGUGUGUCCCAGUGGCAGUCAGCUUGAGUUUACUGGUGGGUGUGAGGUCUGCCCUGUGGGGACGUACAGACAUGUUACUGAUGGCCCAUUUUGUAGGAACUGUCCUGAAGGUCUGACCACUGCUGAGCCAGGAGCUGUGAAUUCUUCAAUAUGCUUUACUACACAGUGUGUUCGGGGAUAUCACUUGAGCAGUGUGACAAAAGUGUGUGAGAAAUGUCCAUUGGGUACGUACCAGCCAUUAGCAAACCAGACAGACUGUGUGAGUUGUCCUCCUGGAAAAACUACAGACGAUACUGGAAGUACUGGACAAAACCAGUGUGUUGAUAUAGCUCAGUGUGUUGCUGGAUAUCAACUAAACACCGUGAAGAAUGUGUGUGAGAAAUGUCCCGUGGGUACGUACCAGCCUUCACCAAACCAGACCCACUGUGUGAGUUGUCUUACUGGAAAAACUACAGAGGAUACUGGAAGUACUGGAAAAAAACAGUGUAUUGUUCCAGAGUCCUGUCCACUAGGCGAGGAACGAGUCUCAGGAUCGUGUCAGGACUGUGCUGUUGGUUUCUACAAAAACACCACCCUGCCGUCCAGAACAUGUCAGCCAUGCCCUGCAGGCUAUGUGACAUUGCAAACAGGAUCCACAUCAAUUAAUGACUGCUCUAUAAGAAUCUGUUCUGCUGGCUACAAGGUGAUCGACAUUGCUGGUGGUGGGAAGGACUGUGAAGCCUGCCAGCGUGGAGAGUAUCAGCCAUUACAACAUCAACCCUCGUGUCUGCCGUGUCCUGCUGGGCACACGACGCCAACCACAGCUUCAACUUCAAACAGCCAGUGUCAAAAAUUUUGCCAGUCUGGUGAAGAACUUGUAUCAGGAAACUGUGUUGUUUGUCAGCGUGGUUAUUACAGAGAUAUCACUGAGGGCACGUUUCUGCCAUGCAAGCCCUGCCCUUCAGAAUUUAUUACCAAACAAACUGGUUCCAAGUCAUUAGCAGAUUGUACUGUCAAAAACUGUUCUGCUGGAACGUACCUGGAUGAACAAUCCAAUACAUGUGUGCCUUGUUCAGUAGGAUUCUACCAGCCAGACUCUUGGCAGACAGAGUGUGUGCAGUGUCUACCUGGUACUUCUACUAAGGACGUUCAGGCUACCAGUUCUACUGACUGCAUAUUGGUCUGUCCGGCGGGCUCUCAGGUUCAAUCAGGAACGUGUCAACCAUGUCCAGUGGGUUUUUACAAACACCAGGAUGGUUUUCUGCCCUGCACACCCUGUCCUGGUGAAUUCAGGACAGCGACCUCUGGUGCCAAGAGUGCAGAUGAUUGUAACAUAGUGGGAUGCUCACCUGGAUCCUACCUGCAUGUCAAUAAUUCUUGUUUACCGUGUCCCACUGGGGAGUAUCAGCCCAACAAGUGGCAGGAUUCCUGUACACCGUGCAACUCGGGUAGCACCACGUCCACUCAAGGCUCAGUUAAUGCCAGUCAAUGUGUCGUGAUCUGUGAUGACGGUUUGGGUUACAAUGCUGCCAUUGAUUCCUGUAAGUCAUGUGAUAUCGGAUUCUAUCGUAACAAGACCACGGAUGGACCACUUUGUAAACCCUGUCCUGCAGACAAGAUAUCUCAAAUAGGAGCUGUCAACUUGGCUGACUGUGACAUAGCAAACUGCACGCGUCCUGGUCAGUACCGAAACAUUAUGACUAACAGGUGUGAAGACUGCCCUAUAGGAUCGUACCAGAAUCAGAAGUGGAUGGAGCAGUGUGUGCCGUGUCAGAAAGGCUUGACCACCAAGAUCACUGCUGCUACAUCUUCAAGUGACUGUUACCGUGACUGUCCUUCGGGUCAACAGGUCAUCGAACUGACCAACGUCUGCACAGCUUGUCUUAAAGGAACCUACAGGAAGAGGCUUUCCACGUGGACCUGUCAGCCCUGUCUAUCAAAAUUUACAACCAAUGGGACGGGAGCCAUCGAUGAAAGCCAGUGCAUGAUAGCUCUUUGUGACGUGGGUAAUGGCUACAACACACAGUCGAAAACCUGCGAACCCUGUCCUAUCGGAACCUACCAGAAUACAAAGAAUGAGCCCAGUUGUCUCCCCUGUCCAAAUAACACGACCACACUUUCAGUAGGAACAAUCAAUCCAUCAGACUGCACUUCUCUGUGCACUACAGGGAAACAUAACUGUACCUCUAACACAGUCUGUGUAGAUAUUUCUGCUUCUCCUGGGUUUGAUUGUCAGUGUAAACCUGGAUUCACGGGUUCUCCACGGUGUAAACAUGUGUGUGAGAUUCCCGAUUACUGUCAGAAUGGUGGUACAUGUCGUAGGGACUCUAAUCCACUGUGUGAGUGCACAGCAUCGUAUGAAGGAGACCGAUGCCAGAUUCCAAAAUUGGUGGAUGUGGUCAGCUCGGACAUGAUUGUUGGGAUCGUGGUCGGCAUUACCGCAUUCCUGCUGAUCUGUAUUCUCAUUCUCGUUGGAGUCAUCACAGCCCACAGGUGA